UGAAAAACCUAAGUGUCACUGUCAACAUUUUUUGGCGCCGUUUGGUUAUAAUAUUUUAACUACUUUUAAAAAGUCUACAAUUUUUUAUUUAUAUAAUAUAUACAUAACUACUGUAUGUUGUCCAUGUCUAAUAAUAUGCACAUGGAAGAUGUGUCCGACAAUGAGGAAUCGCAUUCUGAUACUAUCAAACCGAUCAAUCGUAAUACAGUUCAUCGCAUAUGUUCUGGUCAGGUUGUUUUAAGUCUGGCCAUUGCUGUAAAGGAAUUGGUCGAAAACGCCUUAGAUGCAGGUGCUAAAAGUAUCGACGUACGUUUAAAACAAUUUGGUGAAGAGCUUGUCGAGGUGAGAGAUAACGGAUGUGGUGUAAGGUCGGACAAUUUCCAAGCGCUUACACUUAAGUAUUAUACUUCAAAGAUUAGGGAGUUUAGUGAUUUAGAUUCGAUUGCAACGUUGGGAUUUAGAGGCGAAGCGCUUAGUUCACUUUGCGCACUGGCGGAGCUUAGCAUUACUACGAGACACGGUACAUCGGAGCGCGGAUCAAAAAUUUGUUAUGACAAUGCUGGCGGCAUUACGUCCCAAGUACCGGCCGCCAGGGAAAUAGGGACUACAGUAACUUUAAAAGGUUUAUUUUCCACUUUACCCGUUAGACGAAAGGAGUUUAAGAAGAAUCUAAAGAAAGAGUACAGUAAAAUGUGCCAAAUGCUCCAGGCAUAUUGCCUCGUUGCGAAAGGAGUUAAAUUUACUUGCGUUAAUGAAACAAACAAUUCUCCGCGAUCUACCGUUAUAUGUACCGAGGGUUCCAGUUCGGUUCGUGAUAAUAUUAUGCACGUUUUUGGGCCAAAGCAAGUCCAUCUUUUGUCGGACGUCAAGAUGAUAGAUCCGGACGAAAGCGUCCUGGAGGAAUACAAAGUUAGAGCGUCACCGAGAGAGCCGUUGCCUUUUAAUUUUGAGCUGCUAAUUUCGAGCGCAUCGCACGGAAGCGGCCGCAGCACCAACGACCGCCAGUUUUUCUACGUCAACGAACGACCUUGCGAGCCGAACAAAAUCAGUAAACUAAUCAACGACACGUACAAGCAAUUCAAUCCAAAUCAGUUUCCGUUCGUCUUCCUGAAUGUGGUUAUGGAAAAGUUAUUCGUCGACGUUAACGUUACGCCCGAUAAACGGCAGAUAUUUCUCGAAAAGGAAAAGUUAUUGCUGGCCACAUUGAAGACCUCUCUAGGUGAUCAUUUCAGGGGUUCCUUGUCAACAUUACCUCCAUCCAGCGGAAAAAUUGGGGGGAAAACGCUCGAUGUUGAUAUUAAGAAUGACAACAAAUUAGCUACCUCUUUGAAAUUGGAGUCCUUUAAGAAACAAAACAAAACGAACAUCCAGAAGACGAAACAAUCGGCAUUAACAGAUUUCGGCGUAAUACCAACAAAAACUCCAGAAGAAAGGCUGGAGAAUCUUAUCCAAAUUGCGCAAGAUAUUGAAGGCAGGCCAGCUGACAGUAGUGAACCUCCUAGAAUACCUGAAGACAACAUCGAAAGUUCACAGUCAGAUGUGCAACAAGGUGUUACACCCAGUGAAUCUCCAGGCUCCCGAAGCUUUAUUGAAGGUGUUGAAGAGGAAGAAAAGCUAGCAGAAUCACAUUCCUCAGAAGUUCAAAUUCCAACAGCAAGGACUUCGAGCAAAUCUUUGGGAAAACGACUCGAGACUGCCACCCAAGUUCUUGUAGAUAUGGUACACAAUCCGGCAAAAAGAAUUAAAAUUGUUGAUAACCGAACGGAACUUGAAAGUGAACUGAAACUUGUAAGUUCCUUACCGGAUUCGGAAGAAGCAAAAAUAAAUGAUAAUUCUACACGUAUAAGUCCAAAAAACCACACAAAGACUGACGAUUCCGAUACGACACACUCACCCAUCAAGUCUGUAACGGUACGCUCGUCACUAAGUCACAUACGCGAGCGUAUAAGCGGAAGUCAACAAAAGGUUGGCAAAGACUUCAAGUUACGAUUUCGAUCAAAGAUCGCUCCCGACGCGAAUAAGGCGGCCGAGCAGGAAUUACAACGACAAAUCACGAGGGGCACGUUCGAAAAAAUGGAGAUAAUCGGACAAUUCAAUUUGGGUUUUAUCAUAACGAAAUUUGAGGACGACCUGUUUAUCGUCGAUCAGCACGCGACCGAUGAAAAGUACAACUUUGAGGAUUUGCAAAGGAAUACAGUCAUCGAAAGCCAGGCGCUUGUCAAUCCGCGUUCGCUUGAGCUGUCGGCGGACAAAGAGGAAUUGCUAAUCGAGAAUGAGGGGGUUUUUCGAAAUAACGGUUUUAAAUUUGUCAUCGAUAAUAAAGCGCCAUCAACAAAAAAGGUGAAAUUAUCGGCAGUGCCAAUUAGUAAAAAUUUUGUAUUUGGAAAAGACGACAUUGACGAAAUACUGUUCAUGCUGCAGGAAGAAGUUAACCAUGCGAUAUGCAGACCGUCGCGUGUACGAUCCAUGCUUGCCUCAAGGGCAUGUCGUAAGAGCGUAAUGGUGGGCUGUCCUCUUAACCAAAAUGAUAUGAGGCGUAUCAUAGAUCAUAUGGGCGUAAUAGACCAACCUUGGAAUUGUCCCCACGGAAGGCCGACAAUACGACACUUGAUUAAUUUACAAUUAAUUGGAAAUAAUUAAAAUUUUAUUAUAUACUAAUAGUUCUAAAUAUAUUAAAAUCGCUCAAU